AUGAGUGAUGAUGUCGUAUGGCAGCUUAUAAAGGACGAUUUUUGUGCCUUCAGGAAAGGCACCGACACGAAGGACUUUUGUACUAAUGCCUACAAUGUAACUGGAUUGUGUAAUCGCGGCAGUUGCCCGCUAGCCAACAGCAACUACGCCACUGUCAUCGAAGAUCAAGGGACCUUGUUCCUAUGUAUGAAGACCGCGGAACGCUGUCACACGCCCCGUGAACAGUGGGAACGCAUAAAACUAUCAAAGAAUCUAGCAGAAUCGUUAUCGCAGAUCAAUGAGGCGACUAAAGUUGGUAUCGCAGCACACCUCACUCAAAAGUGCCGACUGAGGCUAAAACGGUGGAGAGAGGUAUUGAACAGAAUGAGAAGGGAGGCACUUGUGAAAAAGACAAAGCUGGCGCCAAUCAAAAAGAAGACUGAGAGACGUGAACUAAUACGUGAGAAGAAAGCAGAAAUCGCAGCAAGGUUGGACAAUGCUAUCGAACAAGAGCUGCUAAGCCGCCUUUCCAGGGGGACUUACGGUGAACUCUAUCAUUUUGAGCAGGAUGUCGAAGUUGAAAGUGAAAAGGAGGAAGAACUUGCGAGCGAAGGCAAGCGGCAAAGGAGAGCCAAAGCGCAUAUGGAAAUUGAAUAUGAUGAAGACUACGAGCGCGAUGUGUUGCAGUAG